AUGAUCAUCAGAAACACUCAGUUCAUUGCGGAUAUUGCGGAGAGUGUGGAGGUCCUGGGAGUUGACAAGGGGACUGGGUGUCUCAAGCGUCGAGUGCCAGGAGUUGUUACGGAGGGCUUUGAUGACAGCUUGCAGAGUGGGGUCAGCACGGGUGGAUUGUUUCACUUCAGAAACGGUCAUAGCUACAGGGUGACGGGACAGAUAAUCGGCAGGGUUGGUUUUGCCAGGAGAAUAGGAAAUGGUGAAGUGAUAUGGUUGAAGCUUGAGGGCCCAGCGUUCUAAUCGGGCAUUGGAACAAGCAGCGGGAUUGGUAAAGAUGCAUUCAAGAGGUUUGUGAUCUGUGAUGACGUUGAAUUUCGCGCCGUAUAUGUAAAGAUGAAAAUGUUCACAAGCAAACAGUACACCAAGGUGAUGGUGGAAUAAUUGGGGAUAAACCGGGAACAGUAGUUGGUCAUACCGAGGAAACUGCGAACUUCAUGAGCGGUGGUAGGGGAACUGGUAUUAUUGAUGGUAGAGACUUUCUUGGGGUCUGGGGAGAAACCAUUGCGGGAGAAUAUAUACCCAAAGAACUCGAUGCUGGAUUUGUUUAA